GGAGAGUAUUUUGCACCUUCCUCCGGGAGGAGUUUUGGGUCAAGUUCCGUGUUUUCUCGCUCAUUUCACCACCCCCCUCCCAGCGCUUACACCAUUCAGCCAAAACCUCAUGGAUUAUUCACUCGCUCUCAGUUAUUUCUGGGCUCGGUGCUGAAAAAAUAAUGAGCCGGUUUGGGAGGAGAAGCCCUGGAGGUGGGGGGAGUGCAGGGGGAGAGGAUCACACUGCAUGCCCUGCACUCACAGCACAGCAAGCUCUAACUCCCCAGGGCUCCCCUGUGCACACCCAGCUUUGUGCUGGUGUUUUGGCCACCCCACCCUGUGCCCAGCACCCUUGCGGGGUCCAGACAAACCCCACCAAGAGCUGGGGACCUGCACCCAUUCCUGGGUGAAAGCAGAGCAGGAGGCAGCUGGGAUGGGCUUUAGGAGCAGCACAUCCCAUUGCUGAGCAAUGGGUGCAGAGAUUAAAUACAGCUCUUCCUUUUUUACCCCUUUUGCUGAAGGCUGCCCCAGAAAACGCAACUUCCUCUUUAAGUAAUCGGUGCUCUGGAGAAAAAGCUGAAUUCUGUCUUUCGCUAUUUUUAUGGGGAUAUAAAGUUUUUUUUCACAGGAAGCAGAAACUUGCUGUGAAAAGCAUUUACCCACUGUGACUUGUUUUCCUUGGAAAAAGCAGGGAUUUGGAUUGGAAAGAGCCUGCAGCACGCAGGGUUGUGCUGCUUCCCGGCAUCUGCUCAGCCAGACGCCUGUGAGCUUCACCUCCUCUGGCAUCAGCUUCUAAACUAUAUUCUAACAUCCUACCUUGGGCUCCCGCCAUCCCCAGCUGGGCCUGGCUUUAUUUAGAAAGAGAAGAAUUGCUUUCUCCACGAAUCCUUCUUUCAGAAAUGGGUUUUAAGGCACCUCAGUGAGCCCCCGCUGCUGGGAUGAGAGCGAACCAGGAGCAAAGCUGAGGAACAGAACUCUUCCACCUCCUGAGACGUAACCCAGCCUGCUGUGGGGAACUGCUCCUUCUCCAGACCCCAGGUGUCUCCCCCAGCAGUGUACUGCCAUGGGGACACCUUCCAGGCUCAUUUCCUCACAGAAGCCACUCUCCAUCCUGUACGCUGAUCCGCAGUCAUCACCCCUUCAGAAACAUGCCUAGCAGAAAACAAUGCACUGUGGGGAUGUGUGACAAAGCAGCCUUGUCCCAAGCCCUCUGUGAACCACAGCAGAGAGUGGAGAAGUUGCAUGGACAUGGGGAUGCCAAGAGGUAGCCCCCACGGGCUCACAGAGCAGGUGUCCCAGCUCUACAGCCAAAGCAAAGCAAGAGGCACUUCCAAAAGCUGCCUGCCCCUGUCACAGGGGACACUCAUUUCCUGGGGCAGGAUCCCAACCAUCCUGGCUGUUCUUCCAUGUGGCUGUUUUCUGGCAGAGCCGGAUCAUGGUGUCCUGAGGAGGGAGGAAGGGGACCCCCGGGUGCCCUUUGGGAGUUCUCGCCAUGUGCUGUGGCUCCGUUCCCAGUCUGAGCUCUCAUUUCCUAUCGUAAAUGACUGCAUCCCCCUUCCUUUCAAUGGGGGAGCAAGCCCCCCAGUUUGUGACCGUGGGUGCACUGUCAUCAGCAGGGACAGGCGCAUGGAGACAGGGUAGCUGGGAAGGAGAGAUAGCCCUGAAAAACACCAACAGGUAGCAAACGAGGUUCCUGAGCACUGACAGGUCUUAGGCCACGUGACAUAUCACUCCCAUUGUCCUUUAUGGGGAGCACCAGCCAGAGCAAUGGUCUCUUCCUCUGAUCACUGAAGCCCACUUCAGGCAAUCAGGGCGGAUUCAUUUGUGGGUUUUGCAGCUCUUCCCUCUAUUGGCAAAGCUGCCUCAUUGAGCAAGAGGGGCCUGACAGGACUUCCGCAAACAGACUUCCUCUGCGGACCAAAGGGCAGCGGCACCGCAGCCCCCGUACUCCACCUAAACUUCCCAGGGGACCAAGAGCUGCAGCAUAAGCCAGGAUAAGUGAGGUAAUGGCAACCACAGUGACAGAAUCUGGCGGCGUGCGGAUCAUCACAGAGGUCAUCCCAGCCACAGACCCACGGGCAGCCCAGCUGGCCUCCAGCUCUGUCCGGCCCACUGUGUCUUCCUUCCAAAUCAGCGGCUUCAGGAGAGCACAGCCCAAAGUGCUGGGGACCAUUCACAUCGUCACUGGCAUCAUCCACUUGUGCUUCGGUGUCAUCCUGACCUGUGCAGAGCACAACAGUGUCCUUUCCAUUCCUGUGGCCAGCGGAGUCUUCUUCUGGCUCGGGGUCCUGCUCCUGGUUUCAGGCUCUCUCCUGGUGGAAAGCGAGAAAAGAGAGAACAUCCUGCUGGUGAAGGUGUGUUGCGUGGCCAACGCCGCUGUCAUCCUCAGCACGCUGGUGGCCAUGCUCAUACACAUGGUGGCCAUCACCCACAGCAUUCCUGGCUGCAGCAGCAGUGCCAGCAUGCCGCUCCUGGUGAGGCAGGAAUGGUGCUCCAGCGCUGAGACCAAGGCCCUGAGCAACGGCUUCGACUCCAUCCUCGUCCUCUUCGGCCUUCUGGAGUUCUGCACGGCCGUGGCAGCCCUGACCUUUGGCUGCACCGCCAUCAAGCAAUACAGCUACACACGCAUGGUGCUGUAGAGAAGACAAUGCCAUCCCUGCUGCUCCCCAGAGCCGGAUGGUGCCCAUCCCCACGCACUCCUAAAUACAAAUAUCCCAAUAAACGGCCUCUUCCCCAGA